AUGCCAUUUAAAGCAUUUGAUACCUUCAAAGAGAAAAUUCUGAAACCUGGGAAGGAAGGAGUGAAGAAUGCCGUAGGAGAUUCGCUGGGGAUCUUACAAAGAAAAAUCGAUGGGACCAAUGAAGAGGAAGAUAACAUUGAGCUGAAUGAAGAAGGAAGGCCCGUGCAAGCAUCCAGGCCACAUCUCCCAGUCUGUGACUGCAGCUGCUGUGGCAUCCCCAAGCGGUACAUCAUCGCUAUCAUGAGUGGCCUGGGAUUCUGCAUUUCCUUUGGAAUUCGGUGUAACCUUGGAGUGGCCAUUGUGGAAAUGGUCAACAAUAGCACUGUGUAUGUGGAUGGAAAACCAGAAAUUCAGAUGGCACAGUUUAACUGGGAUCCAGAGACAGUGGGCCUUAUCCAUGGCUCUUUCUUCUGGGGCUAUAUUGUGACACAAAUUCCUGGUGGCUUCAUUUCAAACAAGUUUGCUGCCAACAGGGUCUUUGGAGCCGCUAUAUUCUUGACAUCAACUCUGAACAUAUUCAUCCCUUCUGCAGCCCGGGUACAUUAUGGCUGUGUCAUGUGUGUGAGGAUUUUGCAGGGCCUGGUGGAGGGUGUGACCUACCCAGCCUGCCAUGGGAUGUGGAGUAAAUGGGCGCCUCCCCUGGAGAGAAGCCGACUGGCCACGACUUCUUUUUGUGGUUCCUAUGCUGGAGCAGUUGUUGCUAUGCCACUGGCAGGAGUAUUGGUGCAGUACAUUGGCUGGGCCUCUGUCUUUUAUAUUUAUGGUAUGUUUGGGAUUAUUUGGUACAUAUUUUGGCUUCUGCAGGCCUAUGAGUGCCCAGCAGCUCACCCAACAAUAUCCAAUGCAGAAAAGACCUACAUAGAGACAAGUAUAGGAGAAGGGGCCAACUUGGCCAGUCCGAGUAAAUUCAACACACCAUGGAAAAGGUUCUUUACAUCCUUGCCUGUCUACGCUAUCAUUGUGGCAAACUUCUGUAGGAGCUGGACCUUUUAUUUGCUCUUAAUAAGUCAGCCUGCCUACUUUGAAGAGGUCUUUGGGUUUGCAAUAAGUAAGGUGGGUCUCUUGUCCGCUGUCCCACACAUGGUGAUGACAAUUGUGGUUCCCAUUGGAGGACAACUGGCUGAUUGUUUAAGAAGCAGAAAGAUCUUAACCACAACUGCUGUCCGAAAGAUCAUGAAUUGUGGAGGCUUUGGCAUGGAGGCAACCUUGCUUCUGGUGGUUGGCUUUUCCCACACCAAAGGAGUGGCUAUCUCCUUCCUGGUGCUUGCUGUAGGAUUCAGUGGCUUUGCUAUUUCAGGUUUUAAUGUCAACCACCUGGACAUUGCUCCACGCUAUGCCAGCAUUCUCAUGGGGAUUUCUAAUGGAGUGGGAACGCUGUCUGGAAUGGUCUGUCCCCUCAUUGUUGGAGCAAUGACCAAGCACAAGACCCGUGAGGAAUGGCAGAACGUGUUUCUCAUAGCGGCUCUGGUCCACUACAGUGGUGUCAUCUUCUAUGGGGUCUUUGCUUCAGGGGAAAAACAGGACUGGGCUGAUCCAGAGAGUCUCUCUGAGGAGAAAUGUGGAAUCAUUGACCAAGAUGAAUUAGCUGAGGAGACAGAACUCAACCACGAGGCUAUUUUAAGUCCCAGAAAGAAGAUGUCUUAUGGAGCCACCACUCAGAAUGUCAAGGUUCAGAAGAGUGGGUGGAGACAACAGAGGGAAGCUGCCUUUGAUGAGGAAGAGGCAUUGUCCUACCAGAAUGAAGGAGACUACUCAGAAACAUCCUAA